GCGACAGCGUCACGUCACAGUCACUGUCACAGAAAGUGUUAACUCCUCAUUCUUUAACUAUUUGGGGAAAUGCCCCCAACAAUCACUAACUUGUUUGGAUUUGAACUGGGUCUUUGCUCGGCUUCGUCCUGAAGCAUCAGAAUUGUUAAAAUGUGCUCAAGAUAUUUGGGAUUUAUUCUUCUGGUUUGGUUUCCAGGAGCACUACACACACAAAGUGCAGCUCAGCCUUGUCCUGCUCCCUCACUGGUCCAUGGUUAUUUCCUCCCUGUUAAAGAAACGUAUUCUCAUGAGUCCAAGCUCACCUAUGCCUGUAGAAACACACGUAAACCAGCUGUGCAGGGUUGGUGGGCAGGGAGCGUGUGUCAAAAUGGCACAUGGUCUCCUACGCCACGAUGUAUCGAGGAAAAAGCCUGCAUUCCGCCAACUAUUGCCAAUGCAAAAUACACAGAGGCCUCAGAAGGUUGGUACGAGGAGGGAGACAUCAUCAGGAUCACAUGUGACAAAGGAUAUGAACACAAAGACAACAUCGCAACAGCCAAAUGUAGAUAUGGGACAUGGGUCUCUUUGCCCACCUGUGAGAUGAGCAUCAAAUCGUGCAGUGCGCCCCCUAAAGACCAACACGCUGUAAUCAUUGACCAGGUUUACCAGGAGAUGUUUCCUGAAGAUGCAGGAGUGAAAUAUGAAUGUGAAGAUGGAUACAGCAUCGAGGGAUCACACAAUUAUACACUUUUCUGUCUGGCUGGAAUCUGGACUGAAGGCCCAAUGUGCAGAUCUUCCAGAACCUCUGCCAACAGGCCUCUCUUCACAUCCAUCGAACACUGUGGGAAACAUCCAAUCGUUCCUAAUGGUGUCGUUGUGGAAGAGGAACCAAUGUAUUUGAAAUUUAAGUGUCAGGCUUAUUACAAACAAGUCGGUGAAGACACUGUGGUGUGUUACAGUGAUGGCUCUUGGUCAAAAGUACCCGUCUGCCAAGAUGCAUUUUGUGUCUUGGAACCUGGUUAUUAUGAUCAGAGUUCAAAGGUUUCUCUGGCUAUGUAUAUAAAAGAAGGAGAGACGAAACAUAUUCCAUGUCCUUGGGUGGAUUGGAGCGUGGCUGUUCAUUGCUCCAAUCGCAGAAUCACUCAUACUCGCUGGAACUUGCACCUAAAGCACAGCGAGGGAGCUCCUCCUGCCUGUUGGAUGACUCAUCAACGACUGACAACCAAAGCCAAGCAGGAAACUGAUGAAAUCGCUGCAGCAGAAAACAACAGUGGAUUCUUUUUUAACCAGAUGUAUUUCAAAGAUCCUCACAGUGUUGGAGCUUGGUGCUGUUUGACAGCUUGUAUCUUCAUAACUGGAGCACAUGAUCAAUUCUACUUAUACACUGUGCUGGUGUAUGGCUACAGUAGUUUGAAUAAAAUGUCCACUAUACAUUCCAACAGAAACCUUGGUAUUCUUUUGUUUAGAUCAGGCAUAUCUGUCAUCAGAAUUGUCAAAAUGUGCUCAAGAUAUUUGGGAUUUAUUCUUCUGGUUUGGUUUCCAGGAGCACUACACGCACAAAGUGCAGCUCAGCCUUGUCCUGCUCCCUCACUGGUCCAUGGUUAUUUAUUCCCUGUCAAAGAAAUGUAUUCUCAUGACUCUAAGCUCACCUAUGCCUGUAGAAACACACGUAAACCAGCUGUGCAGGGUUGGUGGGCAGAGAGCGUGUGUCAAAAUGGCGCAUGGUCUCCUACGCCACGAUGUAUCGAUGAAAAUGCCUGUAUCCCACCAACCAUACCCUAUGCCAAGUACACUGAGAGCUCAGAUGGUUGGUACAAGAACGGAGACGUAAUAAGGAUCUCAUGUGACGAAGCGUAUGAACACAAAGACCACGACGCUACGGGCAAAUGUAUAAAUGGGACGUGGUCCUCUUUGCCCGUCUGCGAGAGAAGUGUGCUCGCCUGCAGUGAGCCUCCCAAAGUCCCCCAUGCUGUGAUCACUGGUUUGGGCUAUCAGGAGUUGUUCGCUGCAGAUUCAGAAGUGCAGUACGAAUGUGAGGAUGGAUACACUAUAGAAGGAGUGCACAAAAAAUCCAUAAUCUGCUUAAGUGGAAUCUGGACUGAAGGCCCCGUCUGCAGAUCAUCGACCAGCUCUGGAUCAAAUGAAGAGGAGAUUCAAUAUGCACCAAUUGAACGCUGUGGAAACCCCCCCCCCGUAUCCCCAAUGGUGAUAUAGUGGAAACUAGAGAGAUGUAUUUGAAAUACGCGUGCAACAGCUAUUACAGAUGUGUGGGUCAUAAGACAGUGGUGUGUCAUUCAGACGGCACAUGGUCAGAUGUGCCCAGCUGCAGAGCUACCUACUGUUCUGUGGACACUCGUCAAUAUCCUGAAUUACAACCUGAUGGAGUGAAAUAUGUGAACGAUGGUGAGAAGGUGUCAAUGAGAUGUGUGGACGACUGGUUGACUCCUUAUUUUUCUGUGGUCCGCUGCACUGAUGGAAUAAUUAGGUUAAGUGAAUGUUGUAUGUGGAUCACAACAAAGUUGGAUGGUUGCUCAGGCACUUUGAUGAAGAGGACGAUGUUCACUGAAUGAAAACAGAUGCCAGCCUGGAAAACUGAAGUUAUGCCUGUGAGGAUACAUAUGUUGUAACAUUAUAUCAUGUCGGCUUUUUCUAAAGCCAAUUUCAGGCUUCUCAUAAAUUGCUACAACAAGUUGGAGUUAAGUGUUUUUCUGUUGGUUCACAGCCACACAAAUGACCGGUAGUCGGCCUGGUUAAAACCUGGACUGGAAUCACUUGUCUUUUUCUAGUAUUGUGUUUUUCUAAAUCCUCCCCUGAAAUCAACCCAUUCAUCUGUCUAAUCUGAAACACACGUUCAUUCACUGAUUUAAUUGAUCAUACAUGACACAACGUUUGCGAAGUUUCAGAACAGAAUCAAUUCUGUAACAGAUCAUUAAUAUUAACUCAGUUAAUUGACAGACUUAAAAACAAUAAUAGCUGCGGCACAAUUUAAAACAGCAACACCUCCUCGUGGUGCAACUGAUACUUUUACACAGGACUCCUAUUUAAUUCGUCUCUUUCAUAAUUGCUUUAAUCAUAUUUCAUAUGAUAUACCAUUUAAAUUUUGAUGUAAGCUGUGUAGAGUAUUGAAGGUUCCCCGCACCUAUGUGCUGUGUCUCGGAGGUGCAGAUGCCACAACGUUACAACGGAGUGACACAAUGUGAUAUGUGGCACAGAACAGAUCUGACCACGUACAGGUUUUUGUACAGUCAGCUUGUAUCUUCAUAACUGGAGCACAAGAUCAAUACUACUUAUACACUGUGCUGGUGUAUGGCUACAGAAGUUUGAAUAAAAUGUCCAACAGAAA